AUGUACGUGAGUGGCGCCCUGACGAUGGAAUCGCGAGCUCCCGCUGCGGUCCGCUCACGGCGCUAUGACACAGCGACGGAGAACACUGGUACGUCGUCUAUGCUGCGACCACGGUCGUCUGUGGACGAUUUGGGCAGCUCAGUAGCUGCACCGCCGCCGGGCGCCUUUGCUCCGCCUGUGAGUGCGAACAAGUCUCAAACGCUCUUAUCCGCCUUGCAAAAAAAUAGUUUGCAUGGACACGCACUAGGACAGAGUGACGACGAGGACGACUGGACCGAUUCUGAGCCGGAAGUGGCCCCUGCUGUGCGGACAUUGCUCAAUGACGAAGGCGCGAUGCCUCCCACGCGGUCGUUCUUGCAGGAAAUGCAAACGCGAGAAGACAAGUCGUGGAUUGAUGAUCUACAGAAAGAGCACCCCAACAUUCGCCGUGUGCCUAUGCCGUCGGUGGCAGAUGUAGAAGACGAGGAUGCCCCGAAGACGAUCCCUUCAGCGCCUCGUGUGCGGACUGUGCUGCAGUCGACGAACGAGCCCUUGGAUACAUUGAAUGAGAACGAUAUCUCAGUGGCUACCGCUGCAGCGAAAGCAAUGAGUCGCCUCACGACAGAUGACAUGGACGACGAGGAAGCGGAUCCUGUGGCGGCCGAUAAGCAGCCAGAUGACGACGAAGUACAAGCAGCUGCGCCUCGUAAGAAGAGCAAGUCGAAGGUCGAGUAUGAAGUGGGGCCAGAUGGGGAGUUAGUCAAGAAGAAGAAGAAGAAAAAGAAGGAUCGCGAUACCAAGAAAGAUCCUACUUUGAAGAAGAAAAAGAAGAAGAAAGACCGUGAGACAACGAUGACCGCGCUGGAUGAUCAGGCCGAUACGCUGCCGCUAGAUGAAAUGGACGAGCAAGCUUUGUUGGAUGAAUACACUGUGCCUACGAGGUCCCUAGCGGGCGUGGAUGUGCCAUCGCGGAAGGUGGAAGACGAUGAUGUGCCUUUGGCAGCGUCUGUGGACGACAAUGACGAGGAAGAAGAGGUGCAGCCUACGCACCGCAUGGCGGACCUGCACCGUGAGUCGAUCGCUGAUGCAUGGCCUCGUGCUGCGACGGAGGUGGAAGAGCCGGAGGACGAGGAGGAGGAUGACUGGACAGCGCCUUCGACACUGCUCCAUUCGCGCAUGAAGACGGAAGAAGCAUUUCCUACGCUUAUUUCGCCGGCUGUGGCAAAGGCUGUGCCAGCAGCGGCCACAAUGAGUGUAGGCACGACGCCCAGUCAUCCUAGCUCGUCGUUGGCAUCGCCGCGGUACGCCAAGCUGGAUGCUGCCGCAUCCGUGUCGCCUAUGCCGACCAGUGCACCGCGGGAGGAUCGUCCUGCAUCGCCAGCUCAGUCCUUGGCCCUUACAGAGGUGCGAGCGCCGACGGAGCUGGAUCGCGAUGUGGAGCGCAGGAUGAUGGCCAUGUCGGUAGCGCGUGAUCGUGGCCGUGUGCAAGUCUUGAACUACAAUGCUACGCGUCUGGCUGUGAAUGUAUACAUUUUGUACUGGGGCCUCUUUGCGACGCUACGCAAAAUCUGGCGUUGGGAAAACCGAUGGUUGACGGGCAGCUUGGCGGCGUUUUAUGUCAUUGUUUGGUGGCGUGGUGAUUUACUCGCUGUGUUUUUCCUGGCUGCAUUUUUGUACGUGGCCACGUUCCGUGUAUGGCAGUUACCGCCGACGGCCCCUGGCCAAAGCGAUGCGACGGGGAUGACACGUUCUACAAGCCAGCAAUCGCUCAUGCGCCGUACCACUGAUGGCAUGAACAUGCUAACGAUGGCACCGUCGCGAGAGACGCUGCAGCAGGUCGGCGAUCAGGUGCUUGUUGUAACACAUGGCCUGGCCGAUAUGCAUGAGCGUGUGAAGAACUUGAUGUUGUGGCGCAGUCCGUUGCUGACAUUGCGGUAUCUUGGAUGGCUGUUGCUCUUGGGUCUGAUUAGUAUGCACAUUACGACGUGGAUGCUGAUGCGCCUGCCUGGCUUACUGGUGGGUCUGUUGGUGUUUGUGGUGGCGCCGCUCAUUGAGUACGGUUACUGGCGCAACAUGGUAGAACUGCUGAGCGAGACCACCGGCACGCGAAUGCCCGAUCCCUCCACGCCCUAUGCCACGAUACGCGCUGUGCUGGACAGCGUGCUAGCAGGUGUACCGACCGACGAGGAGUACUUACGUCAGAAGCUCUCGCGUACGCACUGGGAGGCCGAGCGUGAACUGCGUCGCCGUGGCCAGUGGAUUGAUGCACACAACAAGAUUAUCGGUGAAGAAGAGGUACGUAUGCGUCGUAGCACUCGGCACGCCAAACCUACGCGACACACGACGCAUCGCUGGGCAGACGUGGACGAUGCAACACGCGUCCUGCACCGCCGCUCAUCACGUGCAUUGCAUGCAUGGGAGGAGGAAGGGAUGGACGACGCGCCGUACCUGUCGCGUUCCAAGUCACAGGCUCAUCGCAGCAGCCGUCCGUCCCACCGUCGUUCGUCGCGGUACCUCUCGACGUUGGACGACGACCGCAGUGAUGUGCCGCUCUCGCCGCCGAGCGAUAUGGAUCAUGCAGUUCGCCGUCGCACGUCUCGCGCGAUGCCGACAUGGGACGAAGAGCCACGACGACGUCGGGGUGAGCAUAGUAGCGAGCUGCGUAGCUCGCAUCGGCACUCGAUGAUGGAGCGGGAGGAAAGUGGACGCGUAUCGCGCAUGCGCCCAACCGAUGCAUGGCCAGAGACAUACGAGGCGCCUACGUCGCGAGGCACACCACGUGCGCUUGACGUGGAUAGCGCAUCGGAGUAUGGCUCGCAAGCCGGCACUGUAUGGGAGCUCGACUCGGUGGCUGAAUCUUCGAUGGCACCUGCCGCGCGUGUCGAGCGGUGGCGUGCGGAUACCACGAUGCCAGAGCGCGUACAUACACCACCUACUGUCAGCAAGUCGGGGCCUUUGUCGUCCGCCUCCCCGCCCUCUCAACCGGCUAUGCGUGCCAUGCCCAGUCGUGACGAGGAACAAGUCAUCGGCGCAGCGCCCGUCCAGAGUUUGUCCGCGGCGGCCGCAGCAGCAGCAUCGAUGCCGCGUCCAUGGAGCCCAGCGAAAACGACUACGCCUACGCGGCCACGAACGCCCGUGCAGCCCACAGAGGUACAGAGCAGCACAGUGUCGCCCUACGUUCCGCAUCGCAUGACCCAGUUACUUCCGCCGGCCGUGACCUCAGCUACGGCGUCGCCAGCGUCCGUCGUGUCGCGUGCUGGCACAACGUCAGUGGAAGAAGCACUGUCUGACAUUCCACCGCCGAUUCAAGUGCAGCCUCGCUCUACGACCAUGCCGGCCAUCCCUGCAGCGCUCUCGUCCGCGCCAAAUAGUCCGGCGAUCCCACGUGUGCUAACAAGUGCCCCUGUAUCGGCGUCACGGAGGCCGGACGAGCUGGGCGAUGAGUUUGACGGCAUGUUCCUGGCCGUGUACCGCAAGCGCUUGGGGCACUUGCUAGUCUUCCCCACGCGCAUUGUAUUCCUCCUAUCCUACGGCCCGAAACGACCUUUGGCCCCUGGCCCCGGCCUUACAGAGACAGACUUGGAUACGCUCAGUCAUUUGGUCGAAGGUCGGCCUUUCUACCCGAUCCAAUCGCCGUCGUCCAUUGCGGCAAUGGUGAAGCAGGAGAUGAUGGGCACAGGACGUACGUCGCUGACCAUGGCGCCUGUCCCCCUGGCUCGCAUUCCCUCGCUGGAUCAUAUCCUCUUUGACGUCCCUAUGGACGAUGUGGUGAGCAUAAAGAAGCUACGGAAGACGCCACCUGUCUUGGAACACUGCGCCGAGGGUAUGGAGCUGGUCCUCGCCCACAACGAAAAGAGCGUAGGCCUGCCAGCCGUGCUGGGCCGUGACGCGGCAUUCCGCCGUGUAUUGGCGCUGCAGCCAGACAAGUGGGCAUCGUCAUAG